AUUCACAGUAUAAAUACUAACGAAAAUUUGUCAAAUUAUCAAUAAUUUUUACGAGAGACAAGUUCGCUAAAUAAAAGUUUUUUAAAGUGAAAAAUGUUUUUCUCUAAAUCAGCAUUGCUCAUAAUAUUUGCUGCCUGUACAUCAUGUACAAUGGCACAAUUAGCCAAGUAUAAUAGCUUAUCAGUAAAGGAUUUGCAAGCGAGUUGCGAAAAAAAUGGUGGUGAUAUAGCUCAACUGGAAACAAUUCAUACAAAAGUUGACGCUCUUUUUAACGAAAAACUUAAGGAAAUGUCAGCUGAAGAAGCACUUAAGACUGACUGCAAUUGUUUGGGUCCCGAUCUAAAGACUUUAUUAAAAGAAGAAAUGGCAGUUGUGAAAAAUUGCUUGAAGGGCGAAAUUGAACUGUCCGAUGAUGAUAUUAAAACUUUAAUUGGCCAAAGUGUGAAAAAAUUGUGUGCUCUCAAUCGACUUUCAUCGUUUGAAAAAUCUCUUAGCACUUGUAUUAACGCUGAUGAACAACUUGCAUGUGAAACUAUUGUAUUGGAGCCAGUUGAAGAAUUAGAAAAUAGUGAUCAAUUCGCUAAUUUAGGAUUGACAUUUUCCCCUGAAGGAAAAAAAGUAUGGACCGAUUUGCUUGAUUGCUCAUCGAAAGCUAUUGAGAAUUGUAGCGAAGAAGAGAAGAAGACACAUUUAAUACUGACUAUGCGAAUGAAGGAUGCAUUCAAAGAUCGAAUUUAAAUCUGAAUAAUAAUUACUGAUUAUAAUGCGAAAUAAAAAAUUGUUAAUUUCUUAAUUGUAAAAGAAUAAUAUUGUUUAACAUCAACAACUAUUUAUGUGCAUAUUUAAAAAUAAACUCUGAUUUUAAACACCAA